AUGCAUGAGAUAACUGGAAGCGCCCUGGGUGGCGCUGUAGAUACAGGUAUGGCUCGUGACGUCGAGUGUGUUGCUCUCGAGCCCAGUAUGGCUUCUGACGUCGAGGGUGCAGCUGUCGAGCCCGGUAUGGCUCGUGACAACGAUGGUGGCGGUGCCGAGCCCGGUAUGGCUUGUGACGUCCUACGCGGUUCUGUCGAGAUGGUUUCAACAUCGACAGGUAGCAGUCGCUCCUCUGCCUGCCGGGAAGGCGUUGUCCUUGUCGGAUCGUUCUCCAUCAGUGCCUAA